GUGUGGGUGGGCCAAUCUCUACUCUUGAUCCCUCAUUUGCUUGCGGAGGAAGAACAGUAGGAGAGAUAGAUGCCGAUUGCCGCCUCCUCCGCGUAAAAGUGACGCCUUUUCUUCCGUUAUUACUUUCUUCCUAGUGUCUUUUCACGUUCAGAGGAAAGCCCUGCUGCAAGAAUACAAGAAUAUUUAAUACAAACCACUGCACGGAAAAAAUUAACACAACACGACGAAUCAAGAUUGGCAUUUUUACUGGGGGUAUUUUUAUAGUACUCAAGAGGAAACAGUACAAAAUUCCAUUACUUUGCUAAGUCAGCGAGGGCCCACUGACCACGCAGCUCUAUUGUGUCUCCGUCUGCCCAAAUACCCUUUUUUCAUUACCAUUGCAUGCAAACCUGGUACAUCGCCCUCCCCUCUAUCCCCUCAUCCCUGAUUUGGUCUGUCACACACUCGUACACAGUCCCCUAAACGGGUUUCUCAUUGUGUGUGAAGAAUUCUUGCACCGAAAUCCAGGACUUGUAUUCAUAGCCAAUUUGAGUUCAGUUUCUGAUGAGCUUUUAUCAGUUACAUGUUGUAGGACAAUUUAAAACGAAGGAAGAAGUCUGUAUGCUGAAUUGACGGUUGAAAGAAAACCCUGAUUGCAUUAAUGGGAGCUUCAAAUUCUAGAUUGGAAGAAGACAAGGGCCUGCAGCUUUGCCGUGCAAGGAAGAAAUUUAUCAAACAAGCACUUAACGGUAGGUGUUCUCUUGCUGCAGCUCAUAUUGCAUAUAUAGAGGAACUGAAAAUUGUCGGAGCUGCUUUAAGGAGAUUCGUGGAAACUGAUGCUCAAGUUGAAACUGCCGUAUAUCCUUCAAGAAGUCCGACUCCUGAGCCACGUGCUUUGACAGAGAAUUCUGUCUCCCAAUUAUCUUUGUCAUCUCGAUCUCUAUCACAACAUGUGGAUGCAGCAACAAAUAUCCCACCAUCUCCUUCAACCCCUGUCUCAAUUAAAUACCAGUCCCAUCAUAUGAAAUUUAGAGGUACAUUUUCCAGGAAAGUUGAAGAAAAGCCUCCUGUGCCUGUCACUGUAUCAGUUUCUUCAACGACUCCUCCUAGCACCACUCCUCGCUCCACCGAGGCACCGGAAGCAUCGUCAUUUGAAACUCCUUCUAUCCCACCAGAAACUCCACCAUGGGAUUAUUUUGGUCUUUUUCAUCCAAUUGACAAUCAUUUGUCUUCACAAGAAGGAAGGGAAUUUGAUCAGGGAUCAGAGAACUCUGAUGAGACAAGACAUCUUAGAGUAGAGGAGGGAGUUCCUGAAAUGGAAGAUGUAGAAGACAAGCUCUCCUCUCAUGGAAUAGAAGAAUCUCAGAUGUCAGAAGAUGAAUUUGAUGAACCCUCCUCAGCUACCCUUGUUCGAAGUUUUAAAAAUGUCAACAGGGAAAAUGUUGCCAAUGGUGAUUCACCCCUUAUAUCUUCGGAGCAUAGAACAUCAGAAACCAAGUUUGCAAAAUUUGAAAAUGUAAAUGAAGAAAAAGAAAAUCUCAUCAGUGGAGAUUCACCCAUUAGGUCAUCCGAAAGUGUAAUAUCAGAAAUCAAGUUUGUGAAUGGGAAGAAAAACAACUCUCCUGAUUUAUCACCGUUACGAACUGCAUCCUCAAGAUUUGUGCAAUUGAAUGAUGUGAAGAUAACACCAAUAAAACAAAGUGAAGUUGAAGAUAAAGUUGUACCUAAGGACUUCUUUUCGAGCAUGAAGGACAUCGAACAGCUUUUUGUUAAAGCAUCUGAAUCAGGAAAAGAAGUUCCGCGGAUGCUUGAAGCAAAUAAAUUCCAUUUCCGUCCAGUAGUGCCUGGAAGAGAAAGUGGAUCAGUUACCUCAUCAUUACUGAAAUCUUGUUUCUCUUGUGGGGAGGAUCCAAGUGAGGUUCCACAAGAGCCGACUCAAACUUCUGUCAAGUACUUAACUUGGCAUCGGACAACAUCGUCUCGUUCUGCUUCAUCUCGGAAUCUUCUAGGUGCCAACUCCACUGAUGGUGUCGAUGAUCUUAGUAAUAAUCUCUUUGACAACUUCUGCAUGGUCUCUGGAAGCCAUGCCUCAACCUUGGAUAGGCUUUAUGCAUGGGAGAAGAAGCUUUACGACGAAGUUAAGGCUGGUCAGGUACUUAGAAGCAAUUUUGAUCAGAAGUGCAAACUUCUUCGGCAGCAAGAAUCACGGGGAGAGAAUACCGACAAGACACGUGCUGGAGUGAAGGAUCUACAUUCACGGAUCAAAGUAGCAAUUCACAGAAUCGACUCCAUCUCAAAGAAAAUUGAAGAAAUUAGAGAUAAAGAGCUUCAACCACAACUCGAGGAGUUAAUUGAAGGACUAAGGAAGAUGUGGGAAAAUAUGCUGGAAUGCCACAGCCUUCAAUUUCAUGUCAUAUCCGUAUCUCAUACCCCCGCAGGUGCUAAAAUCACUAUACAGACGGACGCGCGAAGACAGAUCACCAUCCACCUCGAAAACGAACUGAGCUCUUUAUUAUCCACCUUCACAAAAUGGAUCGGUGCACAGAAACUAUACGUGGAAACUAUUGAUAAGUGGCUUUUCAAGUGCGUCUCUCUUCCGCAGACCACGUCCAAGAGGAACAAAAGGAUGAAACCUCCGCCUCUAAGAAACUGGGGUCCGCCAAUAUACAUGAUAUGUGGGGCCUGGCUGGAGAUGAUCGAUGAACUGCCAACUAAAGGCGUUACUGAUUCUAUCAGGGACUUGGCAGCUGAGGUUGCUCACUUUCUGCCCCAUCAAGAGAAGAACCAUGGGAAGGCCGGGAAUCAGUCUCUGAACGGGCCAUCCCUAGCUGGAACCAAUGAUGACUCAGGUAUAAAUUUGUUGAGAGACAACGUUGCUGAGGACUGGAUACCUGCACUCGAUCGUUUCAGGACGAGCUUAGCUGGUUUUCUUGGGCAGCUGAACAACUUCGCCGAGUGUUCUGUGAAGAUGUUUACCGACCUGCAGAAAUCCAUCGAGGAAGCAAAGAAUAACUAUGAACAGUUCAAAUCCCAGCAGCAGUAGUGAUAGAUUAUACAGGUCAAGAUUAUGGGAUAAAAUCAGAGGGAAAUAAAGAAUGAAGUUGAUAUAUAGGUAUAGAAUGAAGGAUGAAUAGUGGUAUUUGUACAUUAGGUGUCAAAAAAAUAAAAGGGUAUUUGGUAUACAUAUGUUAGUUAAAUAGGUUUGAACUUGUGUUGAAUCUGAGCUUUUGUGUAAAGCUUCAGACAUGGACAUCAAUUACUUUCCUUAAUUUAUGCUACAUUUUUGUUUUGAGUUG